CAGACACUAGAAUGCGCCGCCUCUUAUCCUACGCUCCCAUUGCCUAUAUAAGUACUUAGAACGUCCAAAUUAUUCUACCUUUUUACGGCAGAAACAUUUUUACCUGAUUCUCAGAAAAUCCGCUUCUCAAAAUACCAGAGAGCUCGAUCAUAAUCUGAGAUAACAUGGAAGAUCCACAAGUGGAGCACAAUAUUUGGGUCAUAUGGAGAGGUAAAAGGUUUAAUGUGGAGAUCAGUUCGGGUGCUACUGUAAAGGAUCUCGGGCAUGAACUGCAAAAGUUAACGGAUGUUAAAGCAGAUACGAUGAGGCUAAUUGUUCCGCAGUUCUCGGAUAAAAGCUCAAAAAUGUUGUCUCCCUUCUCUGAUGGGCAUCAGAACUUGAGUUUACAGGAAGCUUCCAUCGUUGAGGGGAAGUCCAUCAGAAUGAUGGGAGUGUCUGAAAACGAGGUUGAUGAAGUUUUACAAAAUGCAAAGGCAAACUUAAGGAUAGCUGGAUUUGAUGAAGAGGAAAAGAGACUGAGGCAGCGGAUGACAGGCAGGCCUCAGAGUCUGAAACUUCCGCAAGGACCUUAUAUCUUUUGUGAAUUCCGGACACUUCAACUUCCAGGAAUUGAGUUGAACCCUCCGGCUUUAGAGGCGUUGAAAAGAAUGCACAUGCUUGCUGCAGAUCCUGGAAUUAUUUCUGUCAUGAACAAGCAUCGUUGGCGUGUGGGAAUCAUGACUGAAAUGGCCCCUGUUGGUUAUGUUGGCAUAAGUCCCAAAUGCAUCCUCGGCUUCAAUAAGAACCAUGGAGAGGAGAUAUCUCUGCGUCUUCGAACAGAUGACCUCAAGGGUUUCAGGAAAUAUGAAAGUAUCAAGAAAACUCUUCUGCAUGAACUUGCUCACAUGGUAUAUUCUGAACAUGAUGCGAACUUUUAUGCUUUGGAUAAACAGUUGAACCAAGAAGCUGAGAGUUUAGAUUGGACGAGAUCAACAAGUCACACACUGAGUGGAGUGCGGUACCCGGAACAGUAUGAAGAAGACUUCAUUGUUGGAGACAGAAGUAAUUCUUCUCAGAAGCUUGGAGGAAAUAUAUCCAAUCGGCUGCCAAGCGCUCGUUCAGCUUCAGUGGUUGCUGCUUAUCACCGUAUGGCAACUGUUUCUCAUGAUAGUGUCUCUGAAGCACAUGAAGAAUCACAUCCUGAUGAUUCCGGGUCAGAUAUGCUAAAAGAAUCCAAACUUCAGAAGAACCCUGCUAUGGAGCCUGAUCCUGAUGCCCAGUCUGACAAUCAGAACAAGUUUGAGCCCAGUCCUGAUGAUUCUCAGGGAACUAAUGAAUCAUCCUCACAAUUUUCGGGAAGCGGGACCUUAUUUGGAAAAGAUUUCAGUGAGUCUAUGAUCUGUCAACCUGAGUUAGCGGGGACUGAGUCUCGUGAAGAACCAGAUCCUGAUAAUAUGGAUAUUAUGGAAAGCAGGGGUCAAGCAAGGAAUAAUGUGGACGAACCUGAUCCUGAUGACUUGGAUGCAAAAGCAGAUAAUUUAGGAUAUGGUUCAUAUGGAAAUAUUAUAAGACCUAAACACGACAAUUCUUUGGUUACUGAAACCAUCAAACAUGAAGACAAUCCAAGGAAGGCUUAUUAUGAACCUGAUCCUGAUGAUUCUCAUUCAAAUGGUGUCACUCAGGCAGAUCCUGAUCCUGAUGCUAAUUUGGUGCAUCCACAGGAUACAUCCAGAAUGCAGAUUGAUGAACCCGAUCCAGAUGAUCAAGAAUUUCAGAGAAUUCAAGACCCUGUUACAAUUUUUUGUAAACGCUUGCAGGAGAACAUUAAGAUGCUGCAAGCUGAGGUUAAUCCCACACAGGCUACCACAGUCCUCCAAACUCUCUUUAAGAUAAUAAGGAAUGUGCUUGAACACCCAGGUGAGAUGAAAUACAGGAAACUUCGCAAGGCAAACCCCACAAUCCAGAGGAAUGUGGCACUCUACAAAGCUGCCAUGGAAUUCCUUCUCCUGAUUGGCUUCAACGAAAGCGUCGUGGAUGAAGUUGGAAAGCAAGAGACUUAUCUUGUGCUGAAGCGAGAUGAUCCGGGCUUAUUAUGGCUUGCCAAGUCCACCCUUGAGACAUUUGUUUCCUAAAGACACAUUUCCAAGCAAAGAGUCUGCUCUGUCUAUGUGUGUGAUCUCUACUGUAUUGUGUUCCCUGCAAUGCAUGCUUGGCUGUACUUUUUGCCUUACAUUGUAACAUAUCCGUGUAGAACUGAACAUUGUUGAAUACAUGAUUACCUGGCUUAAGAUCAUGUCAGGUCAACAUUGUAAAUAAAAAUGGCUGUUUUAGACUC